AUUCUGAGUUUGAGUGUAGUUUGUGUUUAAGUUCCCCCUCCUUCCUUUGAAAAUCUGAAUUCAAAAAGAAGAAGAAGAAGAAGAAGAAGAAGAAGAAGAAGUAGAAAUGAGUGUCACCAUUCAACCUUCAAAUAUUAUAUGCAAACAAAUAUGGCUUCUUCUUCUUGUUUUUCAGAUUCUCCAUUUUCACUUUUCCCCUUCUUUCUCUGCCUUCCUUCCCGAAUCCCAAGCUCUUCUCUCUCUCAAAUCCUCCAUCUCUGACGACCCUCAUUCUUCUCUCUCCUCCUGGAACCCUGCCGCCGUCGCCACCCACUGUUCCUGGCUCGGUGUCACAUGCGACUCCCAUCGCCACGUCGUUGCCUUAGACCUCUCUUCCCUUGACCUUACCGCCACCCUUUCCCCUCACAUUGCCUCUCUUCGCUUUCUCACUAAUGUUUCCUUCGGCCUCAACAAAUUUUCCGGCGGAAUCCCACCGGAGAUUGCCUCCCUCUCUUCUCUCCAGCUUCUUAAUCUCUCUAGUAACGUCCUUAAUGGGUCCAUUCCUAGCGAGUUUUCGCGGCUCAAGAACUUGCAGGUUCUUGAUGUUUAUAAUAAUAAUCUGACCGGUGAAUUCCCCAGAGUGGUUACUGAAAUGCCCAACCUCCGCUAUUUGCAUCUUGGGGGUAAUUUCUUUACCGGUCGGAUUCCUCCGGAGGUUGGACGGUUGCAGUUCUUGGAGUUUCUGGCGAUUCACGGCAAUGACCUUGAAGGUCCCAUACCGCAGACUAUCGGAAACUUGACGAAGCUUCGGGAGCUCUUCAUUGGUUACUACAACACAUUUGUUGGUGGAAUACCGGCGACGAUAGGGAAUUUGUCGGAGUUAGUUCGGUUGGAUGCCGCGAGCUGUGGGUUGAGUGGAAAGAUUCCGCGGGAGCUCGGAAAGUUACAGAAGCUCACUUAUCUGUUCCUUCAACAAAAUGCUCUGUCUGGUCCUUUGAUGGAGCUUGGAGGAUUGAAGAGCAUAGAAGCGUUGGAUAUAUCAUGCAAUAUGCUUGUUGGUGAAAUACCCAUCUCUUUUGCAGUGUUUAAGAACUUGAGGCUAUUGCAUCUUUUCGACAACAAGCUCUCCGGAGAGAUUCCGGGAUUCAUGGCCGACCUCCCUAAGCUGGAGAUAUUGCAAUUAUGGAACAACAAUUUCACUGGUUCGAUCCCUCGAAAUUUGGGGAAGAACGGAAUGCUUCGGACUCUCGACCUUGCUUUCAACCAUCUGACAGGUACGAUUCCUCCUGAAGUCUGCCAUGGGAAUAAGCUUGAAGUUUUGAUCGCCAUGGGCAACUCCUUGUCUGGUUUGAUUCCAGAAUCGUUGGGGAACUGUAUUUCACUUAAACGUAUACUUCUGUGGGGCAACGCUCUUAAUGGAUCAAUUCCAAAGAGGCUUUUGGGUUUGCCAAACAUCACUCAAAUUGAUUUGCAUGACAAUUUUCUCUCUGGUGAACUUCCGAUUACCAAUUCAGUCUCAGCUAAUCUUCUUCAGAUAAGUCUAUCGAAUAAUAUGCUCUCUGGAUCCUUGCCACCAACCAUCGGCAGCCUUGUGGCUGUCCAGAAGCUUCUUCUUGAUCGGAAUAAGUUUUCUGGUCAGAUUCCUUCGAGUAUUGGGAGAUUACAGCAACUAUCUCGGAUAAAUUUCAGCCAGAAUAAGUUCUCUGGUUCAAUUGUGGCGGAGAUAAGUGAGUGUAAACACUUGAUAUUUCUUGAUCUUAGUGGAAAUGAGCUUUCUGGUGAAAUUCCUAACCAUAUUACCAACAUGAAAUUAUUGAAUUAUAUGAAUCUCUCAAGAAACCAUUUAGUUGGGCCUAUUCCUGCUUCCAUAGUUAAUAUGCAGAGCUUAACCUCUGUUGAUUUUUCAUAUAACAAUCUCUCUGGUUUGGUUCUGGGAACUGGGCAAUUUGGUUACUUCAAUUACACAUCAUUUUUAGGCAAUCCUUAUCUCUGUGGACCAUAUUUGGGGCCUUGUAAAGAUGGGAUUCUUGCUAGCAAUCACCAAGAACAUAUGAAAGGAUCUCUCUCAACUCCUCUCAGGCUCCUGCUAGCUUUUGGGUUUUUCUUUUGUUUAGUUGCAGUGACAGUUGGAUUGAUCUUCAAAGUUGGGUGGUUCAAGAGAGCAAGGGAGUCUAGAGGAUGGAGAUUAACAGCCUUCCAACGGCUUGGUUUCUCGGUUGAUGAGAUCUUGGAAUGCCUUAAAAAGGAAAAUCUUAUUGCAAAGGGAGGUUAUGGCACAGUAUAUACAGGAGUCAUGCCUAGUGGUGAUCAGAUCACUGUGAAAAGGCUUCCAAAGAUGAGCAAUGGGUGUACUCGUGACAACAAAUUCGAUGCUGAGAUACAAGCUCUUGGGAGGAUUCGACACCGUCACAUCGUUAGGUUUUUGGGUCUCUGUUCAAACCACGAAACUAAUCUUUUGGUAUUUGAGUACAUGCCUAAUGGUAGUCUCUAUGAGGUUCUUCAUGGCAAGAAAGGAGGUCACUUGCUCUGGGAGACAAGGUACAAGAUAGCCAUUGGAACUGCGAAUGGACUUUGCUAUCUUCACCACCAUUGCUCACCGCCCAUUGUUCAUCGAAAUGUGAAUUCGAACAACAUUAUGCUUGACACCAACUUUGAUGCUCAGAUUGCUAAUUCCGGGCUUGCGAAGUUCUUACAAGAUUCAGGGGCAUCGGAUAUUUCAGCUACUGAGCCAGAACACACCUACUCGCAGAAUGUCGACGAGAAAUGGGAUGUAUAUAGCUUCGGUGUCGUCCUCUUGGAACUUGUUAGCGGUAGGAAUCCAGAUGUAGAACUAAGCAACAGUGUCGACUUAGUUCAAUGGGUUAGAAACAUGACAGACACGAAAAAGGAAGAAAUACAUAAAAUAGUCGAUCAAAGACUCUCCUCAGUCCCCCUGGAAGAAGUGAUACACGUACUCAAUGUCGCCAUGCUGUGCACUGAAGAAGAGGCUCCAAAGCGUCCAACGAUGCGGGAAGUUGUCCGGAUCUUAACCGAGCAUCAGCAACAAUAAUUCUUGAAAUAGAAUAGAGAUACAUGAAUCAUGAUCUCAGUCGAGAAGUCACUGUUUUAGAGUCUCAUGAUGGAACAAAAAGGAAGCAUUAUUAGUUCACAGACUGCCUUGUCUUAUGAAGCAUGUGGUGAUGAUUUGUUUUAGGACUUAGGAGUAUGCAUUUGCUGGGUGUUUUGUGUCUAGUUUUUGGGUUUUGCUCUGCUACUGUGAGACGUACAUGUACUGAUACUAUGCAAAAUCACAACUCUCUCCCAUCACAUGAUUAAAUAAAAUUUAUUUUAUGAACAAGAAA